AUUUCUAAAAUCAUUUCUAUGCUUUUGCUUCACUACAGUGAUUUUUCCUGCUGUAAUUAGUGUACACAAUGUCACAUUUUCAAUGACAGUUUAAAUUGCACCAGAAAUGAAUGAAUGAAUGCCUUUUAUUGUCACUAUACACAUGUACAAUGAAAUUAAGAGCCACUCCUUUUUGUUCCAUGCAAACAUGUACAUUCAAUAAACAAGAAGAAUAAACAGAUAAAUAAACAAAUAAAUAAACUACAUAAAUAAACAAGAUAAAUAAACAAGAUAUUGGGGUGGAUGGGGGAGGUACUAUGAAAUGCACAGUUUUGAGACACUAUAUACAUAUGCUGUGAACUCAGUACAUGUAUGUGUUUAUAAGAAAGACUUCCAUACUGCAGUACUGUACAGUAUUUCUGAUUUUAGACAUGGCACCCUUGCUUCAUUAUGCAUGUAAUUUUCAUGAUCUAAUCUAAAGAGGAGGUCUAUGGUCAUGAAUGCCUCAUAAUCCCUUCAGAUAUCAGACUUGGAUUUACAGAGAUUUACGUGGUUGUUAUGAUUAUCAUUGACAUGAUGGUUUGUUUAAAACCUGUUUCAGGACCUGCCUGGCUUCGGCAACAUACUUAACCUGUCUACGCAAUGAUUUGCUAUACAAAAGGCAGCUGUAAAGUAUGCUGUCGUACAAUGUAAUACGAUGAGGGGGAAAAACACUUGAAUGCAGGGAUAUGGUUGGGGAUCAGAUGGCAGGCAUGUUAAUGAACAAAUUAGUGGUUUAUGGGGACUUCAGGUGAUUACUCAUUAAUUUCGUUUUUAUCAAGACUGCGGUUGGUGUUUAUCUCUUCACCCCUGAGAAAAUACCCACUGAAAAAUACCACUCAAAAAUUUAUAUUAGCACACAUAACCCCAGAUGUGACGUAUUGAGUAAAUUACAUGCGAUAUGUUGCUGUUUCUGUCCAUUCAAUCUUGAGAAACCACCUCCCCCUCUUCCACCCCAAAAAAAACUCCUAAUGUAUCAACACACCAAGAAAGAACUCAAAUUAGUGGCAAAUUUAAUAUGUGAUAAUGCAAUUAAACCCCUGUGUGUCAGUGCAAAUGAGCUGGAUUAAUAUAUUUGUACAAUUAGUUAACUUUAACUAAAAGUUUUUUAAAUGUAACAAUCACACUUAUAAGCGAAAGAUUGUAAACACUGAUAAAUAUGAGAAACACAAAGAUAGUUGCAUUUAUGUUGCCGUUUUUCGAUGGCAAUCUGAAGAUUUUAGUCUCAUCGUGAUAGACAUCAGUUAAAGUUGGACACUUUGAAGGAGUAUUUAAGCAUUUCGUCAGCAUGAGUACUUUCAUCAAAAUCAUCUAUAAAACGACCUUUCGUCAUUCAGUCAUUCAUCUUCAGGAAGCAUUUAACCUGGCUUGAUCAGGAUCAUGGUGGAUCCGGAGUCUAUCCUGGGAGCCCUGGGGGCAAGUCAGGAAAACACAGUGGAUUGCAGGGCAUCACACACACAUUAAUACACUCAUUCACACCAAGGACAAAUUUUACGUAGUCAAAUGACCUGCCAUGUUUUUGGGAGAUGGAAGGAAGCCAGAGAACCUUAAUGAAUCCCAUAUGUGAACAGGGAGAACAUUGUGUUCUCUUUCAGACCGGAAAUUCUCAGUGUGAAGUGCUUUGUAGAGCCACUAAGGUUAAAUAUUCAUGCAGACCAUUUAAUAGCACCAGUUGGUGUGUUUAUUUCCUCAUGUGCCAAAAGGAAAAAAAAACAACCCUGUGCUAGCAUUUUGAUGAAGAUAAGUGUCCAUGGUAUAUUAGUUGUACUGAAUUUUAGACAUGAUCUAAACCGUUGUGUCAUGCUUCAUGCUUGUGUACGAAGAUGUGGGAGUGAGUAUGGAUAGUGAGUUUGAUAUGGAGUUGAUGCAUGCUUGAAUACGUAAAAGCCUUUGAACCUGCUGUUAUUAUUACGGCUUCAGAUAGGUUUAGAUAUAAACCCUUGAUUUAUACUUGUAUGGCACACAAUAGCAUGACUGUACUAUAUGCUGUAAAAUAAACCCUAUUUCCAGUAAUGAGAUCAUAUUACCGUGUGUGAUGCGUGCUUUGUUCUGUAAGAGAAAAUGAAACCUGCUUUGAUUCAACAAGUCAAAUAACCACAAAGGUGCCAUGCAAAUAUUUGUGCUACAGCUAUCACCCGGAAAAGGCCUUAAAUGCUUUAAGCACUCUGAAAUUACGAACUAAACAUGAAAAUAUAUGUGUAUAUAAUAAUCUUGUAAACUACAAUAAUGCUCUGCAAGCUGUUCAUGCUGUUUAUAGCAGUAGUCAGGUUUAUUAAUAGGGAUAAAUACUUACCUGAGUUUUUCUACAUGGUACUCAUGUCCAAAAUGCAAUACAAUGGGUAUUACAUUGACUUCUCUCAGGCCUAGAAGUUGUUUAUGAUGUAUUCUGCACACACACACACACACACACACACACACACACACACACACACACACACACACACACACACACACACACACACACACACACACACAAGAAACUAUUAAACUGGCAUACAAGUCUAAACACACAAUUUAUGCACCAGGUAUUCGGCAAAGUGCUCUUUUCCCACCUCAUACUGUAUAUUCAUUUGAUGGGUGCAAAAAGUGUUGACAGCUCAAACAAAUUGUGAAGUGAAAUAAGCUUCACCCUGCAGUUCACAAUUCAUAUUUAGUAGCUGUUUCCAAGUGCAGUUUGUAUACAGCAAAUGUAACUGAAUAAACAUGCACCUGUAAUAAACAUACAGAUUUAACACACCAGUUAUAAUUACAGUGCAGUGAAGAGAUAAAAAAAAAAAAAAAACGUUGGACUGCUAUUUGUAUAGUAGCUGUUUUUUGUGGCUUGUUCUCUGUCUUUAAUAAGUCCUACAGAUGUGAACACAAGGGAAGUGUGAACUGAGCAAUCUGUGCUUCCACAUACAUCAAAUUUGACACUGAUAAAUGAUUGUGAUUUGAAAGUCAGCAAUACACCACGCAGGCGGUCAGUCCUGACACAACUAUCAAACUCUGAAAUGUUAUAUCGGGAAGCAGAACUUGUCAUCGAUACAAUUUUUUAAACAAGUGACAAUAACAUACAGAAUAACAUUACAGGAUCUGUUGUCUAAUAUACAAUGCCUUUGGGCAACUUAAAUCCAAACGUUCCAGCAAAAUGUAUGCAGGAAAAGUAAUGUGUAUUCACAUGUACAGUAUUAGUCAUACAGGUACUUACACGUAAGUACCUUACAGGUUAUACAGGUACUUACACGUAAGUGUGAUUUUUUUUCUGAGCUCCCCGUUCAAAUGAAUAAAAUUACCUGUGUGUAGUUCAUGCAUACACAGGUUGUGAGAUAUUUUCUUGAGUAGUCAAGAAUGUAGUCAAGUGUCAGAGAGAGGGAUUUUCAUUAGUAUAUAGACUAGACCUCCACCUUUGAAUGUGGAAUUGUUCCUUACCUUUAAGCCCUCAAAAAAAAAAAAAUCAGGGAUAGAAAAUGCAAACUGAAGAAGGAAAUAGGUGUUUGAUGUUUGAUGUCAUAUGAUGUAACGUGCAAAACUCUCAUACACUGAAUAGAUCUUAAGUCUGAGGUCUGAAUACCGAUGUGCACAAUUUUAGUAUUAAAUCGGCACAAUACACGUUUAACUCAACCCGAACAGCAAAACCUGACUAUUAUCUCUUAUGAUUGAGAUUACUGAAAUUUGUUCUCCUAGCAAUGUUAGCAUGGCAGACAACAACAAAGUCUCACAGGAAUAACAAAAAUACACCACAAAUGUGUUAUGUGUUAAUUAACGUGUUUCAAAGAGGAGUUUUUCUUUUAAUUUAUUUAAGAGAUGUCAGUAAUCCAGUAGCGUAACAGCAGUGGGCAUCAAGAUUGUUAGCUAACCACUAGCUCUGUCAAGAUUUUGUACAGUUUUAUAAAGUUUAAAGUCAGACCAGACCUGCAGAACAGGUUAGGACGUUUGUGGUUUGUUUACAUUUGAAUUAUUAAUUUAUCAUUUUGGGGAAACCCUGUUUGGCAGUUGGACUCAGAUGGUGGAGUACAAAGAAACUAUUUACUGAAUGUGAGCAUACAUGGAUUUCCACUUUUUCAAGGCAUUGUGAAGUGAAAUGUAUUAUGUUCAGACACAGGUCAAGAUGGCGGAGGAGUGUGUGGUUCCAAGGCCUCGGGGCCAUGUGCCGGUGGUGUGUGCAAGGGUGUUAAGCAGUCUGGCAUUGGUGACAGUUUGGCUGCUGUAUUCCGGGUUCACGAUGUAUAAGUUAAUAAUUCUCAUAGCACAAGUCAUGUUCGCUCUGAGCCUGGGGGUGACACUGCACAGCCUCUGUCUGCUUACUGAAGAGUGGCUGUUUCAUUCACAACAGAGGUAUGGUGGCAGCAUCCAGCAGAUGCUCCGGGCUUGUUUCAGCCGUGCUCAUGUAGUAACAAUGUGCGUGGGCUUUUUGCUGCAGCUGGGACAGUCUGUUUGGACAAAUGAGAAGUGGCUCUUAUAUGUCUUAACCAGCACUUCCUACCUGCUGCUGAAGACCUUCGGAUGUCUGGGCCCUGUACCAGUGGAGAUCUCAGAGGUGUGUGAGAGCAGGAAGCUGAAUGUAGCUCAUGGCUUAGCCUGGUCCUAUUACCUAGGUUAUCUGAAACUUGUAAUACCAGUACUGGAGGAACAGUUGAGGAAACACUACAAUCAGAACGGAGAGAUUCUCCACUCUUCCCGGCUGCACAUCCUCCUGCCUCUAAGCGCAGUGGUCCCAGCCAAGGUUGAGGAAGAGGACCAUAACAUAUGUUUCCACCAGAACCUCCCGGACAUACAGCUCAACCGGGCUGGUGUCAGGAACAGAAUCUACAAAAACAGCAUCUACAAAAUCACUGACAACCAACAAGAGCCGUACUACUGUGUGGUGGAGUACGCCACUCCUCUGCUCACGCUCUAUCAGAUGUCUCAGGACAGCACUGCAGGGUUCAGCAAGCAGGACAGGAGACAGCAGGUCCUGCUCUUCUACAGGACUCUCAGACAAAUCCUGGAAUGUUCUCUAGAGUGUCGCAACCGCUACCACCUUAUCCUGCUCGACGACCAGCGAGCUGAUGGUGACCCUCACUAUCUGUCCAUGGAGAUCAUCAAGCAGUUACAGCAGCAAGAGCAUGAGAUCCCCAUGGACCUGCCGGAAGAACUGCCCCAGGCUGUACCAGAACAGGGCGUGAAUCAUAUCCACCAGCAGGAGGAGCCACUCAGCUCUCUGCCCAGCCUGAUGAUUAGCGCACCACGUUCACUGAGAUCAGAACCUGUGGAGACUACAGACUACACCCACUAUAACCACAACAGACACAGAUAAACUAAUGCAUGCACUUCCUGUACAUACUGAUCCUAGUGUAUUUAGAGAUAUGUAAACUAAUCUCUACACACCUCAAACCUGACAUGGACUACCUUUACAUGGACAGUAAUAGUCUAAUUAUUGACCUUAUUCUGAAUAAGACAAUAUUCUGAUUAAAGUAUUUGCAUGAGUUGCUUUUAGAAUAUUCUUUUCAUGUUCCCGUUUUACAUGUUAUAAAACAUAAAUCGAUAUAUGGCAAACGUUAUUGAGUCAUGGUGCCUUAUAGGGAUGAAACGGUUACCAGUUCGACGAUAAACCAUGAUACAAUUCCCCUACGGUUAGUAUUACCGUGUUACAUUUAAUUAUCAUUAAAACCGUGCGCGAUGCCAUCCACACACUCCCAGCAUGAGUGUGAUGCAGGCGCACGGCACGCAACAUUGUUUUUUGAGCAUGCAAAAAACAUUACAAUGAAAAACUGAACGCGAAUGAGUUAGAGUCGCAGCACAGAUCAGCAGGAGUCAGAUUUCAUUCAUCACAUGAUGAAAGUGAGGCGAGCUGACUGACAGGAAGAGUGAGGCAAGCUGACUGACAGGAAGAGUGAGGCAAGCUGACUGACAGGAAGAGUGAGGCAAGCUGACUGACAGGAAGAGUGAGGCGAGCUGACUGAUAGGAAGAGUGAGGCGAGCUGACUGACAAGACGAAAGAUUUGGUUUAAUAUAAGUGAGUUUGUGUCAUUGUAAUGUUUUGUUGUUGUUGUGUUUUUCAUUAAGAAGAAUAAUAAUGAACCCACCAUUUAAGCAAUUGCCGCCCCCGAAUUGCCUCUAAUUUGAAAGCGAAAGUGAAAUUUAAAAGUAAGGAGGAAAAGAAGGAAAAGCGCCAAAGACCCCUUUCACAACAACUUUCUUCUGGCAAGCUCUGCACACAGGUUUAACAUCUUCCUUUAAGUUUCCCUCAGCAUUUUUAUAAAAUCCAAAAUAUGACCACACUUCAGAUUUGGUCCUCUUGGAAUGUCCAGAGUGCUGUCACUGCCUUCCACCAUGUUCUCAAAGUGAACUAAAUUAUUUUUAAUGCUAUAAAAAAAAAAAGCAAAACAAGUGAUGUUAUCGGUGUACGACUGCACACAGUGUAACACCGGGAACACCGACCAUGGCAUCAAGACUAGUGACAACCAUCCAUCACUUUAUAGUCAAAUAUAAAACCUGUUUAAAUAGUGAAAUAUAAAACCUUUCAAUGAUUUCACUGUGUGUAUCAGUACUUUUCUUAGAUUUUCAGCACAUUUGAAAAAUACAGUGAUAAUACUGAUAACCGUGAUAGUUUUGGUCACGAUAAUCGUGAUAUUUUCAUACCAUUACCUCUCUAGUGUCUUAAUAAAAAUGAAAAAACAUAAAAAAAAAAAAAAAAAAGAA